AUGUGCAUUAGUAAUGAAGCAAAAGCUAUCCUGGCAGAGUCCCCCGACAAAGACAUCAAAGUGGUUUGUAUUGGCGACAAAUCAAAAGCUUCCCUGCAACGCCUCUAUGCGAACAAGUUCCUCCUUAGCGGAAAAGACAUUGGUCGAACUCCGCCAACAUUUGGUGAUGCCUCCAUCGCUGCCAAAGCUAUACUCGAAUCCGGAUUCGACUUUGAGGAGGCGACUGUCAUAUUCAACAGAUUCAAGACUGUCGUGUCCUACCAAACCACGAGAAUGCCGGUUCUUCCAUUGGAGGCCAUCAAGUCAAAGGAAAAUUUAUACACUUACGAUUCAGUCGAUGAUGAAGUUCUUCAGUCUUAUAGCGAGUAUUCAUUAGCUCAAUUGAUUUAUUAUGCGAUGAAGGAAUCAGCAGCAUCAGAACAAGCUUCACGAAUGACAGCUAUGGAUGGCGCUUCCAAGAACGCUGGUCAGUGCUUACCUUUCCUUUUUUUU